CAAUUUACCCAAGUGUGGUAUGGCUAGAUGCAAGCGCUUUUUGUAAUCGGCGCCGUUGUGUUUUCAAGGAGAAUAAUAUUUGGGAUAUAAUUUAAAAAUUUUUUUAUUUAGUAGGUUUGCCUACCAUCUCUGUACAUAUACGUACAAUGAAAAUUGGUACUACAUAGGUAGGAGAGAUAAUUAAGUAUUCUCCGGUGACGCCAUUUUGUCCAACGUUUAAUUUUGUGUCCAAUAAAUGGAUUUUGGUAAAAACAGGUAUAAAGGUGGUCGGACACCUUCUAUUAGGUCCAGUGAAAGGCGACGUCCUCAAAGUGUUUCAUCUAUAUCCACACUAUCACCGAGAGCCGUCUUGUCGAGGUUGGAACCAAGGGAGUUUGAACGUCUUCGUUUAUCUUACAAAGUCGCUAUCGACCAAAGAAGAUCCAGAAGCUGCCGUGGCAUGAACAUGGGCCAAAAAAUUAGUGGUGGAGUCAAAACAGUUAGUCGAAAUGAUUCACAGUCUACUUUUAAACCAAUAAUACCAAGAGAGUUACAAGCUGAUUUUGUCAAACCAGCGCGAAUUGAUAUCUUACUUGAUAUGCCACCAGCGACUCGAGAACUACAAUUGAAACAUUCAUGGAACUCCGAAGAUAGGUCGUUAAACAUUUUUGUAAAAGAAGACGACAAGUUAACAUUUCAUAGACACCCAGUUGCUCAAAGUACUGAUUGUAUUCGCGGAAAACUGGGGCUAACAAAGGGAUUGCAUAUUUGGGAAAUUUAUUGGCCAACGAGGCAAAGAGGAACACAUGCUGUUGUUGGGGUAUCUACUGCAGAUGCGCCUUUACAUUCAGUUGGAUACCAAAGUUUAGUCGGAUCAACUGAACAGAGUUGGGGCUGGGACUUGGGAAGAAAUAAAUUGUACCAUGACUCAAAAAACUGUGCUGGUAUCACAUAUCCAGCCAUAUUAAAAAACGAUGAAGCUUUUUUAGUACCCGAUAAAUUUUUAGUAGCGCUAGAUAUGGACGAAGGAACACUUAGCUUCAUUGUUGACCAGCAGUAUCUUGGUAUUGCCUUUAGAGGUCUGCGAGGAAAAAAACUAUACCCCGUAGUCUCGGCAGUUUGGGGUCACUGUGAAAUAACAAUGCGGUAUAUUGGUGGAUUAGAUCCCGAGCCUUUGCCGCUUAUGGAUCUUUGCCGAAGAACGAUUCGACAAAAAAUUGGACGUGCGAAUUUGGAGGAACGCAUACAACAACUUCAACUUCCUUUAUCAAUGAAAACAUAUUUAUUGUAUAAAAACCGUAGAUAAUAGUUUAAUUAAGUUUAAUAAAAUAACAAUUUCAACUUUUCUGCACGUGAUGAAAGCAGUAAAAACUAAUUGUGUUAGCUUGUAAUAGUAUUAGAACAAUGUUUGUCUGUCCUCCAACAACAAAAUCUUAGGUAUAAAAUAACUAAAAAUACUUUAAUUUAGCUCUAAAGGUACAUUGUAUAUUAGAAAGCAUGCAAAUAAUAGUACGCUUACAGUAUGACAUCUCAUGUUUCAAUAAAUUGGAGAAUUUAUUUUCAUAUUCAAAAAAUUAUUCUCACAUUAUGCUAUGCUAAAAUAAAUACCAUUUAAUUUGGGGCACUUAAGAAAGUAUAGAAAUGCUCAGAAAAUAUAAAAGUAUUUAAAUAAAAAAAAAGGAUUAAAAACAAAAUACACAUUUUUGCCCCCCAACUGCGUACUUUACCGAACAAUGCCAAUGGAAAAUGGGAAUACGUUAUUAAUUCCGCGAUUGCAAUUUAAAUCGGCAUGUCAAGAGCUAAAUAGUCUUCAAUAUAAUUGUGUUUCGUUUGUAAUAUAUAAAUGCAAAUUUUAUUUUUGAACCCUAAACCGAAUAUCUUUUAUUAUAGCAAUUUUGUAAAAAGUCAAUAUAAUUUUCAAUAUACACAUGUACUUAUGCAUUUCAGAUUGUUUUUUAAGGUUAUUAUACAAAUUCACGAGAUUUAAUAAAAAAAUUUUUAAGAAGUGGAACAAUCAA